AAACUGUACCUUCGCGACUCCACAGUUUUGUGUUUCUUAAACCAACCAAGAACAAAAAAAAACCAUGGGGAACUGCUUAGUUCUUGAAGAAAAGGUGAUCAAGAUCGUCAAAACCGACGGCAAAAUCCUCGAGUACAAGUCGCCGUUGAGGGCUCGCCAAGUCCUCUCAGAGUUCGCCGCAGGCCACGCGAUCUCGCAGACGUUUCCGGCCACGGCAGUCCUCGAGCCGGACUCAAGGCUGCUCCGUGGCCACGUGUACUACAUCUUUCCUCUUGAUCCGUCCACGACGUCAAAAUUCGCCAAAACCAAGAACAAGAAGGUCAGGUUUGCUGAUGAUGAUCACAAGGCGGUGGAAGAAGGCGGAGAGAUAAUUAAGGGUGGUGGAUCAUCGUCAGUUGUGAGGAUAAAGGUGGUGAUCAGCAAGAGAGAGCUGGCGGAGAUGAUUGCGAGGGGCGGAGUUUCGGUCGAGGAUGAGAUGAUCAGUUCUCGGUUGAUGCAGAGGGAAGAAAGAAGCACCAGCUUGGGAGGUGACGAUGAAGAUGACGAUCUUUCAAGAAGUUGGAAGCCUGCAUUAGAGAGUAUACGUGAAGUCAACUAGCAAAACAUAGCAUGCUCUCUCUCUCUCUCUCUCUCUCUCUCUCUCUCUCUCUCACAAAGACACAAACACAUGACACAUGCCAGUGAUUUUUGUUAGAUGGAGAAAUUAUUGCAUAGACUUGUUAUGAUUCUGAAUCAUCUCUCAAGUAGCUUGUUGAGGCCCCAAAAAAGAAGAGAAAAAAGAAGAUUCAGCUGCUUAAAAGUGAGAAACAAGUCUAUGUAAUAAAUUUUCUUCUGUGAUUCAGAAAGAAACGAGAAACACUAUCAAUGAAAGACAAACAGCAAAUACAUGUACAUUUAUGAAA